AUGGAUGCUGCAUUUAUUUGGAAUUUAUCUAAACUUGGACGUAUUGGAUCUAGACGAUUACAAUUUGAUGAUGAUUUUGCUGAUCGAUUAAAUUAUCAAUAUACAAGUGUUUUAUUAUUUUUAUUUAUUGGUCUUAUUGGUGUACGUCAAUAUGUUGGUAAACCAAUUCAAUGUUGGAUACCUCAAGAAUUUACAAGAGGAUGGGAAGAAUAUGCUGAAAAUUAUUGUUGGGUAGCAAAUACAUAUUUUGCACCAGUUGAAAAUCGUUUACCACCAGUACCAGAUAGACGUGAAUCACUUUUAGUUUAUUAUCAAUGGGCACCAAUUGUAAUGGCUGCUCAAGCAUUAUUAUUUUAUUUACCAUGUUUAUUAUGGCGUUUAGGUAUGGCACAUUCUGGUUUUAAUUUACAUCGUGUAUUACAAAUGGCCUCUGAAGCAAAUGAAAUGUUACCAGAAGUAACAGCUAAAACUGUUCGUAUUCUAUCAUAUUAUAUGAAAAGUUGUAUACAACGACAAAGAUUAUAUAAAUAUACUAAUCAAUACAAAAAUGUUGGACUGUACAAUCGAUUGGAUAAUGAUACUCAACUUGAAGAAGAUCAAUUAUUUCAUUCAUGUACAUUAGAUAAUGAAGGUAAAUCAUUAAGAAAUCUGAAUAGUACUCCGUUAUAUUCAUCAAAUCAUGUUUGUUCAAAGGAUAUGAUUGAAGGAGAAAAUUCUUUACAUGUUAUGUCUAAAACAUUAAAUGAUGAUAAAGUGAUGAAUACAAUAAAAUUACCAAAUGAACAUAUUAUUUGUAAUGAAAGUAUAGAACAUUCUAUGAGUUCGAAUUCAUCAUCAGAAAAUUUACGUAAAGGACGUGGACGAAAACCAGCUCCACCACCUCCACCAAAAAUCAAGAACACAUCAAUCAAUUCAAUUCAUAAUCAUCAAAGAUCACAAUUAGAAGUACAAAAUAUUAAACCGUUAGAAAAUAUCAGCAAUAUUCAACAGAGCAGAAAGAUAUCAACUUGUAAAAAUUUAACUGAUAAUGAUAAAUUAAAUCAAACUAUCAAAAAUCUUGAUAAAAAGAAGAAAAAAUUAUCGAUUUUCACAAUGUUCAAUUAUCGAUUAUUAUGGUGUGGUAAAAAACAUGGAAAUUAUCUUGUUACACUUUAUAUGUUUGUUAAAUUUAGUUAUUUAUCUAAUGUUAUUGGACAAAUUUAUUUAAUGCAAUAUUUUAUUGGUACAAAAUAUACAUUAUAUGGUGCACAAGUAUUAAUUGAUUUAAUUAAAGGACAAGAAUGGCAUCAUUCAGGUCAUUUUCCACGUGUAACAUUUUGUGAUUUGGAAGCAAAAAAAUUAGGUAAAAAUCAUGUCUAUACUCUACAAUGUGUUCUACCAUUAAAUAUGUUCUUAGAGAAAAUUUAUAUAUUUUUAUGGUUUUGGCAUGUAUUAAUUGCAUGUAUUAAUUUAAUUAGUUUUAUUAUAUGGAUAUAUCGUAUAUUUUGGCCUAAAUCAAGAAUAAAAUUUAUUAUUGAUUAUUUAAAAGUAUUAAAUAUUAUACCAAUAAAUAAUCAAUUAAAAAUCAAUAAUCAAAUUCAUCAAUUUAUUGAUUAUUAUUUAAGUUUAGAUGGUUUAUUUGUAAUACGUUUAAUUACAUCUAAUUGUGGUAUAUUAUUAGCUGGUGAAUUAACAGCAGAAUUAUGGAAAAGUUAUGAACAUUUAUUUUUAAAACAAAUUACAUCAGAACCAACAUAUUUUUGUAUGAAUAAAAAUGAUCAACAUCUAUUUCAUAUGAAACAAUAUCCAAUUAUUCAUGAAAAUCAUUCAAUACCUAAUACAAUCAAUUCAUAUACUUGGAUAAAACAAUCAAAGAGUAACAAUGAUCAUAAUGAUCAUAAUGAUCAUGAUCAUAAUCAUAAUCAUGAGAAUGAUCAUGAUAUAAUCAAUUCUAUUCAUAAAGAUUCUAUUAAAUAUAAUCAAUCAAUUACAUCUAUUAAUGUUAUCAAUGAACCUAUUUUAACAAGUUGUACACCAAUGACAACUAUUAGUCAUAUAUCAAAUAUUAACAAUAAUAAUAAUAAUAAUAAGCUAAAAUCAACUCAAACACAUGGAUCUCAUCUUGGACGAUUAGGUAAUUCAUCAGAUGAUAUUGUUUAAAACAAAAAAAAAGUACGGUACUUUUAUAUAUUUUUUUCUUUAAAAUAUUAUUCACCUUCAUAUAAGAAAUAAUCAUAGUUACUAAGAAUAUGAGAAUGUUAUUAUUCACUCACUUGACAAGUAUAAUUGGACACUAUCAUUAUGUAUUCAUAUUGUUGGUCUUGUUAAAAAAGAUAGAGAUUCUUUUCUUUUCUUUUCUUUAUCUUGUGUGUGUGUGUGUGAGUAUGUGGUUGGUUACAUGAAUUAUUCCAGUGAGGAUUAGAUUGUAUUCUUGAUCUGUUUUUUGUUUCUUUGUUAGUGAUCUAUUCAAUUUUUAUAUAAAACAAAGAAUAGAAUGAUCUUUUAUUCAUAUUCAAAUAUAUAACACAAGUGUGUAUGAAUGUAUACAACAACAAAAAAAUUUUUUAAAAUGAAACUCUCUAUUAAAAUUCAUUUAAACAUACUUAUACUACUAAUAUGAAUACUACUAAUACUACUACUACUACUACUACUAAUACUAAUACUACUAACAUUCCUAUUAUUAGCUUCAUUUAAAACAAAUGAAACAUAUUAGAUUUUUAAUGUUUAGCUUAUCUAUUCAAAGUUAAUAAAGAAUAUAAAAU